AAUUCAAUCUUGUGACUAGUUUAGCUAUUAUCUAACCGGUAGUAGUCGCUGCCUCCACCUCCACUCUCAGAUCACGAUCUUUCGCCUCUCGCCCUCUCGGCCUUUCGGACUCUCGGUCUAUCAGUUUCUCCUAGUCUCCUUCUUCCGUUCUUCGCUGCUGCCUGCAGGAUACAGACGACCGCCGUAAACGCGAAACAGAGGCCUCCGGCGCCGUGAACCAGCGACCGGAGCUCCACAGACUGCCGCGCUGCCGCCCCUCUGCCAAUCUGCGAUAUAUUUUAAUGGAAGGGCUUAUGGUGGAAAAGCAUGCUAAGUACAUUGUAUCAGUUGAAAAGAGGAAAGAUGAUUUUGAAUCUGUGGUGAUGGAGCAUCUUAGAUUAAAUGGAGCAUACUGGGGAUUGACAACUCUUGAUAUUUUAGGGAAGAUUGAUGUAGUGGAUCAAGAUGAGGUCAUUCCUUGGAUUAUGCAGUGUCAACAUGAAUCUGGUGGAUUUGGUGGUAAUAUUGGACAUGACCCACAUAUCUUGUAUACCCUCAGUGCCAUCCAAGUUUUAGCUAUAUUUGAUAAACUUGAUGUUCUUGACAAAGACAAGGUCUCAAACUAUAUUGUAGGCCUGCAAAAUGAAGAUGGGUCCUUUUCGGGUGACAUGUGGGGUGAAGUUGAUACACGGUUCUCUUACAUUGCAAUAAAUUCCCUUGCACUUUUGAAACGGUUGGAUAAAAUCAACGUGGAAAAAGCAGUAGAGUACAUAGUAAGUUGCAAGAAUGUGGAUGGUGGUUUUGGUUGCACACCUGGGGCAGAAUCUCAUUCUGGGCAAAUUUUUUGCUGUGUGGCAGCACUUGCAAUAACAGGCUCUUUACAUCAUGUUGACAAAGACCUCCUAGGCUGGUGGUUAUGUGAACGACAAGUUAAAUCUGGGGGUCUAAAUGGGCGUCCUGAGAAGCUUCCUGAUGUCUGCUACUCUUGGUGGGUUCUCUCCAGCUUAAUUAUGAUAGACAGAGUUCACUGGAUUGACAAGCAGAAGCUCGCAAAGUUUAUUUUGGACUGUCAGGAUAGAGAAAAUGGUGGAAUUUCAGAUAGGCCUGAAGAUGCAGUUGAUGUCUUCCAUACCUACUUUGGAGUUGCUGGCCUUUCACUUCUGGAAUAUCCAGGGCUAAAACCCAUAGAUCCAGCUUAUGCCCUUCCCCUCGAUGUCGUAAACAGAAUCAUCUUUCACAAGUAAUGGAUUGGUUUACUGAUUCCAGGAGCGCUGGCACUUGCAUCCUGUUUUCACCAAAAUCUUCUGAGGAGAUCUUAUGGUAAAGGGAUUUGCUGUUAUACUCAUAGGGCUCACAUAGUCACAUAUACAAUAUAAGUUCUGCAUCUUACUUUAGUUCUGAAAACUGUAAGGAAAAGGAGAAAGUCUACUUUGCACUAGGGAAUAAUAUAUCUUAAGUUCUUAACUGGCCA